AUGGAUGCUCCCCUCCCAUAUAAAAAACAGGGAGUUUGCACGGCCGGCCGUGCAGAACCAGAAAGAACUCUCCGUGCUCGAUUGAGAAAAGCUAAGCGAGAAAAACUGGAGAGACCAGAUCAAGAGGAAGAGGAAACUGUUUCCGUGCAUACAGAAAAGUCAAAUUCGGAUUCAGAAACAGAAUCAAUUCAGGAAGUCAUGGCUGACGAUCCACCACGACCUGAAAGACUUCUUGGUGAUUAUGGGGGUAAUAACAAUCCGGGUGGGUGUAUGACAAUUGUGAACCAACCGGUGAAUGUUGAGCAGUUUCAGCUACAUCCCAGCACGAUUAAUCAACUAGAAAGGAAGUCCUUUGCUGGAAGAGUGAAUGAAGAUGCAAAUAAGCAUCUCAAACGAUUCCUCACCAUGUGCACUACUCUCAAGAUGCCUGGACAUAGCGAAGAAGCAAUAAGACUUCGCAUGUUUCCUUUUACUCUUACUGAUGAAGCAGAAGAGUGGUUUUACUCUCUACCAGCUCGUAGCAUCACCACAUGGGAAGAGAUGGAGAGAGCGUUCUUGCAAGAAUACUUUCCCGCAUCUGUCGCAUUGAGGAAGAGAUACAAGAUCCUGAAUUUUAAGCAAAAGGAGGGUGAGUCACUAGGAGAUGCUUACAAAAGAUUCAAACGGAUCUUAGUGGCUUGUCCUACUCAUAACAUGGACGAAACAGAACAAAUACAAAUGUUUGUUAAUGGUUUGCGAAUUCAGACAAGACAAAUUCUCGACUCAGCAGCUGGUGGCUCAGCCAACUUUUCAACAGCCAUUGGCAUGAAGAAGAUAAUUGAGGCUAUUGCUUCAAAUGAGCAUCUGGAUUUGUAUGAUAGGGUCUCGAGCAAAACUGCACUGAUUGAUUUGAAGCUUGAGACAAAUAAGCAGGUAAAAAUUGAAGACGAUGUAGCUGCAGAAGUGGAAAAAAGGCUAAAAGCAUUGAAUAUAAAUGCUCAGAAGGUGGCUCAGGUGCAACAAACACCAAAUGAUGCUUGUGAAAUAUGUAAUGGACCCCAUAACACGAACCAUCCAAACUUUGCAUGGAGAGAUCAGAAAGGGAACGUGCAGCAGCAAGGCCAGAGCCAGUAUCCUAAUCAAUAUCAGCAACAACAGCAACAUGUUCCAAAGAAAGCAGAUUGGGAAAUAGCCAUUGAGAAGAUGGCAGCUCACAACAUUCAGUUUCAAGACGAGACAAGGAAUAAUCAUAAGAAUACGACAGCUUCUAUCAAAAAUCUGGAAGUCCAAAUGGGUCAAAUUGCACAACAAUUGGCAAAUGCGCAAGCACCGGGUGGUCUACCCAGUUCUACUGUAAUCAACCCCAGAGACAAUCAAGGUGUUAAGGCCGUUGUAACAAGGAGAGGAAAAGCUAUUGAAGAAGCUGAGAAAUAG